UAGACUACUGCAGACCGUUUAAAAUAUUUUUUAACAAAAAUAUAUAGAAGUGUAACGAUGGCCCUACGACAACUACCAGAUUAUUUACAAAAAACUGCAAUCGAAGAAUUAAAUGAAGUACCAGAAAGAAUACCUGCAGAUAUCGAGGCGUUGAAAACAUGGAUACAGCAACAGCCACAUCUAACCGCUCGUACUGAUGAACAAUUUUUGAUUGCUUUCCUUCGAGGAUGUAAAUAUAGUUUAGAAAAGGCCAAGUCAAAAAUAGAUAAAUUUUAUACUCUACGUACACAAGUUCCAGAAAUGUUUGGAGUUAAAUCUUUUGAUAUGAAUAAAAUAAUUGAAGUGCUAAAAUUAGGCGCAAUUUUAUACCUUCCAAUACCGUUAAAUGAUAAUGGACCACGUAUAGGUAUAAUGCGUAUGGGUGCUUAUUCUGCGGAUGAAUACAAUUUUAUUGACAUAUUGCAUGUUGGUCAGAUACUACAAGAAAUAACCCUGCUUGAAGAUGAUUAUGCAAAUGUAAAUGGUAUAGUGCAUAUCAUGGAUUUAGCAAACGUAACAAAGGGCCACUUAUUUCAAAUGACUCCAGGAACAAUGAAGAAAAUGACUGUAUGGACAGAACAAGCGUUACCACUACGACCAAAAGCAAACCACUUUGUUAAUACACCAACAGGAUUUGAUGUUGUUUUUAAUAUGGUUAAACCAAUGUUGUCUCAAAAACAACAGGAUAGGCUUCACGUGCAUGGCAAUAAUAUGGAUUCUCUGCAUGCACAAAUACCAAAAAAAUAUCUACCCAAAGAAUAUGGUGGAGAAAAUGGAUCGUUACAAGACGUUAUUGAUAGUUGGGUAAAGCGUUUCGAAUCAUAUCGAGAUUAUUAUAUCGAAGAGAAAAACUAUGGCACUGAUGAGAAGUUACGACCAGGCAAACCUAUAGAUUUUGAAGGUCUUUUAGGAAUCGAUGGAUCCUUUAGAAAAUUAAAUGUUGACUAAACUAGAGUUAAUAUUAUACUUUAUUUG